AUACGGGGAGGGCAGCGCCUGGAGUAUGGGUUUCCCUGCUCUCUGGCCCGUAGCCUGGAUCAAGCACAAGGAAAUCGUGGCAAAUACCCUAUUCGGAGUGGUUUACAAUCUCAUCCACAACAUUCUCUUGUGCAUUUCCAAUGUAUUACAUAAUAGAGACAUGGUCGCUUUUAGGGGAAAUGUCUGAAAAAUUGAGAAGAUGCAGAAAGGAGCUGACUGCAGCCAUUGACCGGGCCUUUGAAGGAGUCAGUCAUUCCCAGGAGUGCUCAGGCCGGCCGAGGCUGGAGCUGGACGCAGCGCCAUCUUCCUUCCACCUCCCUGUGCACGGGCUUCUCUGCGGGAGGCACGCGCUUGCAACCUGCUCCCCUGCUGCUCCUUUUGCUCCUGUCCCGUGUGUCUCUGAGAAUGAGAGCCCUGCCUUUGCACCAAACCAUGCCCCAAUGAAUGCAAAGACACAUGCUUUAUGCCCCAAAAGAAAACCUCUGACCAGCAAGGAAAACGUAUUGAUGCAUUCCUCCAUUUUGACACCUGAGAGAGAGUUUUGGAGAGCGCCAGGAGAUGGGGAGAACUGGAGAAAAGAUGGUCUAAGCUGCAGGAAAGAUAUGGAGAAAGAUUUGAAGGUUGACUCAAACAUGCCACUCAGCAGUUCUAGCCAAGAGGUCACAAAGGAUCUGCUUGAUAUGAUCGACCAUACAAGCAUCCGAACUAUUGAAGAAUUGGCUGGAAAAUUAGAAUUUGAAAACGAGUUCAACCGCGUGUGUGGUCACUGCGAAGAUUCACCCUUCAAGGAGGAAGCCUGGGCUCUACUCUUGGACGAGAGCCCUCAGAAGGCCUCAGAUGCUGACCCUGGCCGCCUCAAGCAGGCUUUUGAUGAUCACAAUAUCGUUGAGACUGUUCUGGACAUGGAAGAGGAUUACAAUUUAAUGACCUCUUUUAAAUACCAAAUUGAUUCAUCUUGGCAAGCCAAACAAUCACUGAAUUGUUUCCGUGGAAACACCAAACUUCGAUUUGGAUUAGCAGAAUCAAAAUAGAAACAAGACAGCUUCAAGAAUAAAUAGGAGCUUUGGAACCUGCUAGUAGCAAACUGCAAAUUCAAGCCCCAGCACAAGGCAUGUAUGAUGUUGGGCCAUCCAGCCCCAUAAGGAGAGAUUUCCAGGUCCCCUGGCUGCAUCCCACUGGUGUCGAUGCCAGAGCCACUGGGAACCAGCUCUGUAUGCAGACUGGUGGACUUUUUAACAAUACUUAAGGCAGGAGGUCAUCUGUAGAAGGUCCCAGGAGAGGGUGGGGGGUUGGAGGGGAAGACUGAGGAAGAAGGGACAGGAAAAAGCAGAGAGAUGAGUGAAUGGCCGAGUGAAGGUCCAGCAAGGAGCAGAGGGCGGCAGCGAGGCCUGAGAGUAGAGCAACAAUUCUUUCAAAAGGACAAUUCGAGGUUGGCCGUGGGCUGGAAACGCUGAUCCUGCCCUCAGCCCCAUCCAGAUUGCGAUGUUCCCCACAUUCCCGGACAUGGCUAUCUAGCCACAUGGGUCUAGACUAGAGUAUGAACUCUUGCCAGGUGAGCUCUAGGGACACUUCUGGUUAGUAUGCCUCUGCCUCUGUAUGGCUCCAGCCAGCACUAUCAGGCACUGAGGCCCAGCUUCUUAUCUCUGGGUCUCAGGGUUCCCCUC